AACAACUGAGAAAAUAGAUUAUAGACUCUGUGUUUUCGCCACCGCCGAGUUACUCUUACCUCUCUCAGAUCGCUGACAUGAAGAUUACGGAUGUUGCCGGAAAGAUCGAGACUUUGGUCGAUUCAUUGAGGGAUAUGUCCCCGACCCGUGUCAGAUCUUCCUUCUCUGAUGAACAUGUAUCCGAGAACGAUGACGAGAGAAGCUCCUGGAUUGCUCUUCAUCCGUCGGCAUUAGAUAUGUUCGACAAAAUCAUGAGUGAUGCAGAAGGCAAACAAAUUAUUAUGUUUCUUGAUUACGAUGGAACUCUAUCACUAAUCACUGAAGAUCACGACAAAGCUUACAUAACCGACGAGAUGCGUGAAGUUGUAAAGGAAGUGGCUACAUAUUUCAAGACUGCGAUCAUCAGCGGACGAAGUACUGAUAAAGUACAGAGUUUUGUAAAACUCACUGGAAUUCACUAUGCCGGGAGCCACGGCAUGGACAUUAAGGGUCCGACAAAUCCCGAUCAGAGUAACCAAGAAGAAGUGAUGUUUCAACCUGCAAGUGACUAUUUACCGAUGAUUGACGAGGUGGUUAACGUUUUGAAGGAAAAGACAAAAUCUAUCCCUGGAGCUACGGUCGAGCACAACAAGUUUUGUCUAACAGUACAUUUUCGUCGCGUUGAUGAAACGGGAUGGGCUGCAUUAGCGGAGCAAGUGCGAUUGGUUCUCAUUGAUUAUCCCAAAUUGAGACUGACACAAGGCAGAAAGGUGUUAGAACUCCGACCUUCCAUCAAAUGGGACAAGGGAAAGGCUCUCGAAUUUUUGCUAAACUCAUUAGGGAUAGCAGAAUCUAAAGAUGUUUUACCGGUUUACAUUGGUGAUGACCGUACUGAUGAAGAUGCAUUUAAGGUUUUAUGUGAAAGGGGACAAGGUUUUGGGAUUGUCGUAUCAAAAACUCUUAAGGAAACCUACGCCUCCUACUCUCUUCAAGACCCAUCUCAGGUUAAAGAAUUUCUGGAGCGUUUGGUAAAGUGGAAGAAACAAACACUUGGAGAAGAAGAAGAAGUGAUUCAUAAGAUAGAUUGAGUUUUGUGUUCUUAUAAACCCGCCCUGAAAUAUAUGGGACUCUUAGCAAAAUAAAAUUGGUGACCUUAA